AUGUCCAGCAGUUACGCCGGUGCCUCGGCAGCGGUAGGCAGUGCCCCUGCCGCCACGCGGGAAGUAGCGGACGACGUAGCAGCAUUCGACGGACAAGAGGCGAAGAGCAUCGAGGCUUCGGGCCGCCAGAAGAGAGUGUCGAGAGAGGUCUCCGACGCGCUCUACUCCUUCAAGCUACUCGAAGCGCUUCGCACAGGUGAUGCGGCAGCUCUGCAGCCCUUCCUCGGGACCCAUGCCAGCUCUCUAGCCUCCUCGGCCGUGGCGAAAGCGGGCUCGCAAGGGGCAUCGCUGGAAAACAACCUCCCCGGUACGGGUGAGAUUAGGGAGUUGACCAGUCCCUUGCAUUUGGCUGUAAGGUGUGCGGAGGAUUCAACAGUUGCGCUAAUCCUCUCACAUAAGGCGCUUGCAACGCCCUCGUCCCCGAGCAAUGCAGCCGCCACCGCCGCGUCGCCAGCAUUCGAUGUCAAUGCGCAAGAAGUCCAGCACGGCAAUACCGCUCUGCAUUUGGCGAGCAUGACCGGCCGUUCUGAGGCCGUCAGGAUGCUGCUUGAGCGCCCUGAAAUUGAUGAUACUCGGAGGAACAAGGAAGGCAAGGACCCGAUGGAAGUUGCUGCAGCACCCGAAAUCGCUACACUGUUCCAAGUUUCACGCGCAGAGCUCAAUGCAGCCUUCCUCAGCGCAGUCACAGCGUACGAGCGUGGACAUGUCGAUUCUGACGCGCGGAUUUAUGCAUUGCUCAGCAAGCCUCGCUAUCGAGCUAUCGAUCUCAACGCGCUCGCGCCAGAGACAGGCUCGACGCUGCUGCACGCGGCCGUCCAGCACAAGGAUGCCAAAAUGAUUGAGACGGCAGCACGCCGAGGCGCUGACGUUUUCUGCCGCGACAGAAAGGGCAAACGGAUCUUGGACACGACCAAAGAUGAGAAGAUCCGCGCGCUACUGCGACAGCUGACCAACGCAGACAACGGCCUGCUCGCUACCGCCAGUCAGACGGCUCUGGCGCCCCCUUCGUUCAAGGGUUACAUUGGCAAGUGGACCAAUCUGGCCGGACGAUACAAGCCGCGCUGGUUUGUCCUCGAGAACGGUACGCUGUCGUACUAUCAUGCGCAGGAAGAUGAGGACAAGCAGAUGCGCGGCUCGAUCAACCUGCGCUACGCCAAGAUUCGCGCCGACAGCAACGACAAUCAUCGAUUCGAGAUCAUCUCUGACAGCGGCUCCAAGAGCGCGAACAAGCUCUACCUGCGUGGUAGCCAUCCAGUGGAGAGGGCACGAUGGGUGCAGCUUCUCCAGCAGACGCAGGAAUUUUUCCAACUGGACAGGAGUCAGACAGCGAGUCGGAUUGAUGGGUCAGGCUACCUCUCCUCCGCCGGCACGUGCAACCAUUCAACCACGUCGCUCAUCCAGCCGCAGCCGGUGCUUGCGGGUGCAACGGUUGUCUUGCCGGGUGCCGUCGACACAGCGGGCUCCAACAACGCCCACGGCGGAGGCGUCUCGCGUGGCAAGGCUGCAUCGCUCAAUCUCAGCCGCGGCGUGACGCCGCCUCCUUUUAGGCCUGCUUCUGCGCUCAGCGAUCGGCCCUUCCCUCCCGUCGCCAGCGGCGGUCUCACCGCCCUCUCGACGUUGCCAGCUUCUAGCACACGGGAAGCAGGCAGCACAGCAACGGCUAUGUUCGAUACGCCUUCACUUAUGUCGAACAUCUCCAACUCACCCAAUGGAGAGCGUGAUGGCUCCGAAUUUUCUGUGCUCGGCGAUGACGACGGUGUCACGGAUGCAGACAGCGUCACUGCCGUCAACACGAAGAAGAAGCGCGGCAUGCCGCAUGAGAAGGACUUUGGACUGGUCAGCAGCUCUCUCACCACGCAGGCCGAACUCGGCGUUAGUCUGGCGGAAUCGUUUGGCGCUACCAGAGAAGGCGAUGCCCCUACGCAUGCUGCCUUGCAAGAUUGUCUAGGCUCCCUGCAAUCACUCCUGUUGCGCUUCCAAGGCAUGGUCACCGAUCGCGAGGCGUACAUGACCCGCCGGUACCAGCAGGAAAUCCAGGCGAAGCUGCUGUGGGAGGAGAACAUGAAGACGCUGGCACAUCAGCAUGCCGAUAUGGAGGCUGCGCUCAAAGAGGCAGGCGAAGAAAAUGCCAGGAAACGCAGGGUGCUCAGAGAGGUGCGGGGAAGCAUGAUCUCGAGCCCUGGGUCGUAUGGCAACUUGCGCAGCCCCUCAGCCGAAGCAGAGGGCACGAUCGGCCGCACCUCAACUCGGCGUCCCGUCGCAGACGAGCCCAGCUUUUCUCUACCCCCCCUAUCGCUCGCAGCGAGGCGCGACAUCAGAGGCGGUCCGAGUGCGAUCGCUGUCGAUUCGGCGCAGGAUAUGUUAGGCGGUGUGGUCGUUUCUUCGGCCGCGGGCAGCGAGAUCUUCCGCGACAGUAUGGACGACGCGGAUGACGAGUUUUUCGACGCGAUCGAGACCGGUAACCUGCCGAACUUACAUAUUGAGAAGGAGCUCAUAUCUCCUUACUCUGACCCAGAGAAAGUCGACAAGCGCCUCGUCAACGAACUGAGCGUUGAGCCAUACAAGAAACUGAGGAGUCAAUUGCCAAUCGGCAAGGAUGACAGACCCAGCGUGUCGCUCUGGGCAAUCCUCAAGAACAACAUUGGCAAAGACCUCACCAAGAUCAGCUUCCCGGUCAGCUUCAACGAGCCCACGUCAAUGCUCCAGCGUAUGGCGGAGGACAUGGAGUUCUCCGAGUGCCUCGAUGUUGCAUCGAGCUGCCAAGACUCGACCAAGCGAAUUGCCUAUGUCGGAGCCUUUGCUAUGAGCAACUAUAGCAGCACAAUCGGCCGUAUCGCCAAGCCUUUCAACCCGCUUCUUGGCGAGACGUUCGAGUACGUUUCCAUGGACAAAAAGUACCGCUACCUUUCCGAGCAGGUCAGUCACCACCCGCCCAUCUCGGCCUGCGUCGCUGAAAGCCCGGCGUGGCAGUACCUCGGUUGCGUUGAUGCCAAGUCCAAGUUCCUCGGCCGCACUUUUGAGAUCCGACCAACCGGUGUUGCACACGCCAAUCUCAAGAUUCCAAAAGAAUGGGCAGAGAACCACGAGAAGACGCCUCAGGAGGUAAAAAACAAUUCUGAGCUCGUUAUGGAGCAUUAUACGUGGAACAAGGUCACCACCAGUGUUUCUGGCUUCAUUGUCGGCUCGCCCACGAUCGAUCACUUUGGUGACAUGGAGAUCACCAAUCACAACACCGGCGAUCGCUGUGUGCUCACGUUCAAGCCGAGAGGGUGGCGCGGCAAGGAUGCGUUUGAAAUCCGCGGCGCCGUUUACGAUGCGUCGGGUACUCAGGUGUGGGACAUUGCCGGCAGGUGGAACAGCCAGCUUGUCGCCAGGAGGUGCGGCGCCGGCAACGGCGACCUCAACCCGGACGAGCAAGUCAAAGGGCCCGCACCUGUGCCGGGCGCAGGUGGCCCUGCCGCCGCAGCGGAGUAUCUACUCCUCUGGAAGAACAGCGAGAAGCCACCUCUGCCUUUCAACUUGCCGCCGUUCGCCGUCACGCUCAACGACUUGCCACAAGGACUGCACCCGUGGUUACCGCCGACGGACUGUCGUCUGCGUCCGGAUCUUCGAGCGUUUGAGAGCGGCAAGUUCGACCAAGCCAACGGACUCAAGCAGGGUCUCGAGGAGCUGCAGCGCGCAACGCGGCGCAAGCGCGAGGCAGGCGAGCUGCCGCCGCACGAACCGCGCUGGUUCAAGCGGACGACUGAUCCGGAUUCGAAGGAUACACUGUGGGCGCCGCUUACAGUUCCACACCCGAACAUCCCGGGCUACAUGCCCCCGGCAUAUUGGGAGGAGAGGGAGAAGGUUGGCAGUAUCAAGGUCGAGAAGGGCGGAGAGGUGGCAGAGUGGAAGGAUGUGUUCCACAUCUUUGGCGAGUUUGAAGUCUGA